GGUUCUCUCGAACCUCGGACUGGAGUGAGCGCUCAGCCGGCUCGGGGGGAAGGACCAGCCGGCGAGAGUCGGAAGCCCUAUGCAGCUCUUCCGACCACCAAGAAAGCCAGGUCCUGAAUAUGGCAGCCGAAAACCAGAAGCGCCUUCAGCCCUGGCAGAAGAGGACAGGACAACCGGAGAGCGACGAGCGGUUUGACUGUGUGGGCCGGCAGCUGGCUGAGCCCGGGAAGUUUGCCUACACAGCUCUCUGUGGCAUCUCACUGGCAUCCUUAUUUCCCGAACCAGAAGACAGCUCCUACAGGACGGAAGUCAUCGAGAGCCUGGUGAAGUGGUUGGAGCUCUCAGAAGCCGUCUUGCCCGCCAUGCUGGCCUUUGCUGGCGGCUUAGGGGGCGAGGGGACCGACACCUUUGUCCAGAUCCUCUUGGAGGAGCCCAUCUUGAAGGAGAACCCCCAAAUCAUCACUCAGGAUCUUGUGGCCUUUUCUUUGAAGGAUGGCCACUAUGAUGCCCGGCUGCGGGUGCUCCUCGCUCACAUCACCUGGCUGCUGAGGAUUCCUCUGGUGGAGUUGGAGGCCGCCGAGGAACGUCUCCUGGAAUGCCUGAAUGAAGAGGAGGAGGAGGAAUCCCAAGCAGCAGAGGCCUCACGGAAGAAGAAAGAGAGAAGGAGACGGCUAAAGCGAUACCUGCUGAUUGGCUUGGCAACUGUUGGAGGCGGGACGGUGAUUGGUCUGACCGGGGGGCUUGCUGCCCCCCUCGUGGCAGCCGGAGCAGCGACCAUUAUCGGAAGCGCUGGGGCAGCUGCCCUGGGUUCAGUUGCUGGGAUUGCUGUCAUGGCCUCUCUCUUUGGCGCUGCAGGAGCUGGACUCACAGGCUACAAGAUGAAGAAGCGGGUCGGAGCGAUUGAGGAGUUUGAAUUCCUCCCCUUAACGGAAGGGAAGCAACUGCACAUCACGGUGGCCAUCACCGGCUGGCUCUCCACGGGGAAAUUCGGGAGUUUUACAGCUCCGUGGAGCAGCUUGCUGCGUUCCAAAGAACAGUACUGCUUAGCCUGGGAGUCGAAAUAUCUCAUGGAACUGGGCAACACCCUCGAUUCUCUGUUGAAUGGAUUAGUCAACAUGGUGGCUCAGGAGGCCCUGAAAUACACUGUCUUAGCGGGCAUCGUCACAGCCCUCACCUGGCCCGCCUCGUUGCUCACGGUCGCCAACGUUAUCGACAACCCCUGAGUGUGUUUGCAUCGCUCGGCCGAAGUGGGGAAACACCUGGCUCAGGACUAUUUGUUUCCCCCUCAGGGCAGGCGGCCUGUGACUUUGAUCGGCUUCAGCCUGGGCGCCCGAGUGAUCUACUUCUGCCUCCAGGAAAUGGCCAAGGAGAAGGACUGUCAAGGCAUCAUUGAAGACGUGGUCUUGCUGGGGGCACCCGUGGAAGGAGACGCCAAGUCCUGGAGGCCGCUCACCAAGGUCGUUGCAGGCAAAAUCAUUAAUGGCUAUUGCAGAGGGGACUGGCUGCUGAGCUUCGUCUACCGGACGUCCUCCGUUCAACUCAACGUCGCAGGGCUUCAGCCGGUGACCCUGGACGACAGGAGGAUGGUGAACAUGGAUCUCUCCUCUGUUGUGAGCGGCCACUUGGACUACAUGAAGCAGAUGGACACGAUCCUGAAGGCGGUGGGCACCAAAACCAAGCAGUGCCGUCUGGAGGAAGGGAGGGGCCUCGCCAUUCUCUCCAAUAGGACUGCAGAAAGUCAGGAGCUAGCCCCGCCCAACAGUGCACCUGCAGAGCCAAGCACGGGGCAGGAAGAGAAUGAAGAUACGGCCCACAAUGCCCCCUGGUCGUGGGAGCCAGUUCCUGGUCAUGAAUCCUGCCCACAGGUCUCAGCACAGGGGCUGGAUUCUGAACAAGGAGGGGACUCGCAAGCCCCGGAGCAGCAGAGCCAUCCCAGUCAAGAAGGAUCUUUCCCCACUGAUGCUUCACGCUCCUCUCCUCACUCUCAGAGAACUGGUCACAGUACCUGUGCCACCAGUCCUUUCCCCCCAUCAUCCAGAUAACGAUGUAGCACAGCAUGAUGGUAACUGUGGUACUGGCAGGGACUGCUCCAGACAUCUCUGCAUGGUUGCUGUUUUGCAGAAACCUGGAUGUGUUGCACAGGGCAGCAAAUUUCUGUCUAGGAUCAGGACAGCUGUUUGGUUUGGCAUUCCACCUCCCAGCAGUUUGCAGGUCAUGAUGUGGCCACAAUCCCCAAGAAGCAGGAAGUAUCUUGCACCUGAACAAAAGGGCUCCACAGUCCAUGAAUCUGUUUAAUCCUUUAAAAAGUUAUUUAAGACUACUAGUUAUUGCCGUAUCUUGUGGCAGUGCAUUCCAUAAGUUAAUUCCACAGUCUGCAACAAAAUACUUCCCUUUGUCAGUGCUGAAACUACUGUUAAUCUGCUUCAACGGGUGUAUUAACAGAGAGAGAGAGGGAGGAAAAAGAGGCUUUCUCAUCUUUCCUAUCUCAUCGCUGUUGAGAUUAAUACUCCCUCUAUGCUGUGGAGUCUUGUGAGCAAAAAUUCUACUUCAUGAGCUCCUGGCAUUCAAAUUGUGAGCCACUGCAUAAAUUAGUUUGCUCUGGAGCCAUUUUUCCUGAGCUAAGAGAAAAAUAUGUGAGCUGGAGGCUAAAAAACUGUGAGCUAGCUCACACUAACUCAGCUUAGAGGGAACGCUGAAAGCGGGUGGCUGUCACCACGUCUUGUGGCAAUGAGUUCCCACAGUUUUAAGUUCAGGGCAGCUUUCAAAGACUGUUUUCGUUGAAGCAAAAAGAGAGUGUACGCACUGGAGACUUCAGAAGGUCUGGUUAAAAAAAAAAGAAAAUCUUAUUUAUUUUUGAAUGUUUAAGCUGAUAAAGAACGAUGGAG